CCUCAAGAUAAUCUUAUAAUAACUGCAUCAUGGGAAGACAAAACAACAUUUUGGAGAAACUGGCAGAGACCUUUCAGAUCCGUCAUGUGCUCCUCCGCCAGGCCCUGGCAGAGUGCCUGGGAACCCUGAUUCUGGUGAUGUUUGGUUGUGGUGCAGUAGCACAGAUGGUCCUAAGCGGGGGCACCCAUGGUACGUUCCUCACCGUCAACUUUGCUUUUGGUUUUGCCGCAACUUUGGGAAUCCUUGUGAGUGGGCAGAUCUCAGGUGGUCAUCUGAACCCAGCGGUGACAUUCACACUGUGUUUACUUGGAAGAGAGCCUUGGAGGAAGUUCCCGUUGUUCUUUUUGUUCCAGACUCUUGGAGCCUUUCUGGGUGCAGCGAUUGUAUUUGCCAUGUAUUUUGAUGCAUUAUCGGACUUCAGCCAGGGGGAGCUGAUGGUGGUGGGGAAGAAUGCCACAGCUGGGAUUUUUGCCACAUAUCCUUCUAAACAUCUCACAAUGAUUAAUGGAUUCUUUGAUCAGAUAAUUGGAACAGCAGCACUGAUAGUGUGCAUCCUGGCCAUAGUGGAUCCACACAACAAUCCAAUCCCUAGAGGUCUGGAGCCCUUCACUGUUGGUUUUGUGGUGCUGGUCAUCGGGCUGUCGAUGGGCUUCAAUUCUGGCUAUGCUGUCAACCCAGCCAGGGACCUGGGACCGCGCAUCUUCACGGCUCUUGCUGGUUGGGGUGGAGAGGUUUUCACAGCACACACCUACUGGUUCUUUGUGCCCAUCUGCGCCCCCUUCCUGGGAGCAGUGGUUGGUGUGCUGAUGUACCAGCUAAUGAUCGGAUAUCAUUUGGAAAGAGAAGUGCAAGAGAAGCUGAAGAAGGAGGAGGAGGACAGAUUUGAACUUUCCAAUAUUACAACCAAUGAAGAUGCAUGAGCACCGCUGGAUUACUUUUUACCUCUACUCUUAAGACAUCUCAUAAUAGACAGGAACAGUUUCUCAGGAAAAUAUGGCACAUGUUUUCUGAAUUCAUUUGCACCUAAGUCUAUUCAGCUCUUUCAUUUCUACUUGAAGCACAUAACUUGUUCCUUCAUGCUGCGUGUCUGACAAAACAAAUAUAUCAGCUCACAUGAAAAAGCUAAAGAAUAGACAGUUUAAGUUGAAAAGGUAUUUGAAAGGUGUCUUGUUUAUUUCUGUCUAAGGUUGGAGAAACCUUCGAACCACCCAUUUCUACAGUUUCUUUCAUUUGUAAGAGGUAUAAAGAAUGCCACCUCUGGUAAAUGUUACACAUUUUAUAAGUAAGUAUAAUUGUUAAGAAUGCAAAAAAUUUGGAAAAUCUGGAAAACAUGUAUUUGUG